CGAUGACGUUGCAAAUGAUGCGCUUAUUCAAUUUUGCGGGAGAUUUUGACAGUAAAUUAUAAGCAUCAACAAACGUUUCAACACUCUGCGACGCCUAACAGAAUGCUAUACUUAUAAACUGUUAACAGAAAGAUGAUUACAUGGAAAGCAGAGCGAUACAUACAUUGGCCUUGGCCCCGAUGGUAAAGACAAGAUUACAUAUCGCUGGCUACAAGACAAUCGGUGAUGUUUGGAAGGCCACAAGAUCACAACUCUGUAAAGACACAGGAUUAGCUAUUGAAGAAGUGGAGUCUGUCUGGCAAGUGAUAGAAAAUGUAGGAAAGAACCUUGUUUUCCAUACGGGAAAUGAUCUAUUACAAAAAGAGGACAACAGAAUAGCGAUAAUGACAUUCUCGGAGCGACUUGAUACAGCUCUUGGCGGGGGAGUGCAAGGUGGAACAGUCACAGAAAUUUGUGGUUUGCCUGGAACUGGAAAAACACAACUUUGUAUGCAGCUUGCCUGUGAUGUGCAGAUCCCUCGUUGCCUGGGUGGCCAGGGUGCAGAGGCCCUGUACAUUGACACACAGGGGGGCCUGGUGAUGGAGAGGCUGACAGAGGUUGUGUCGGCAACAGUCGCUCACUGUAGGCAGAUUGCAAUACAGGAUGAACACCCAGAGAUGUCCCUGAAGUUGUCCAGUCUUUCUAUUGAAACCAUGUUGGCUGGUGUACAUGUUCACAGAUGCACAUCACAUCUACAGCUGUUGGCCAUCAUAGAACAACUACAAGCGUUUCUGAAAGCCAAUAGGAAGGUGCGUUUGGUGAUAAUAGACAGUGUGUCAUUCCACUUCCGUCAUGAUUUUGAGGACCUGUCUUUGAGAACAAGGAUCCUUACGAACAGUGCUCAAACUUUGCACAAGAUUGCAAGAUCAUUUGACAUUCCAGUUGUGGUCACCAACCAGAUGACCACCCGAGUUCAUCAGGGGCCUGGACAAAAAGGGUCCAGUGUUGUUCCCUGCCUUGGAGAAAGCUGGGGCCAUGCAUGCGGUACCAGGCUUCUGCUUCAGUGGAAUAUGGGAACCAGACAAGCCUUCCUGCUGAAAUCACCAAGUCUAAAAUCAUGUGUGGUGCCGUUUCUUGUAACAAAAGAUGGAAUCCGUGAUCAUGUGCCCAGUAUUGAUACAGUAGGGCUCGAGUCAGCUGUGGACGCUACUGUGCCUAACACACUGGAAUCUCCUUUUAAAAGACAAAAAUUGACAUAAACUUUUGUUUAUUGAAUCUUAUAGUGCCAAAUUCUGUUUAAUAAUGUGAAGCUGUACCAAUUGCAUUUAAGCAGUUAUGAAUUCACAAUAUCUGUGUUUGCAUGUGCAAAACAAUGAUUACCUGUUGGAAAAAUAUCAAUCUUACCCCAAAUUGAUUGUGAAGCAGAUGAUCAAUAUAAUUAUUAGCCUUACAGUGUUACUAGUAUAUGACAUUUUCUCAGGAUGCUUUGGCACAGAAAGGCAAACUAAAAUGACAUGGGCUGCACUCUGCAAAGAAUGGUCUUAAUGCAUGCUCGUAAAGUGUCGUCCCAGUUUAGCAUCUACAGUUCACAUAUUAACCCUAAACUCGAUUUCUGCUGAAAAUUGCCCUCUUUGAAACGAAAACCCAAUACAAUCCGAAAGUGUUUUUGCUAAUAAAUUAUAAAUUUGCCUGUGCGGAAUUAACAGGCUGAUCUGGACAUGUAUUAAACUCCGUUUUCCCAAAACACGGCUCAAAUGGUCUCAUCUAUGAAAAGCCAUUGAUUAAAGACAAUAGUAUAUUGCAAUGGGCCCAUGGGCAUUGCUCUUUGUCUUUUUAUGCCCCCGAAGGAGGGCAUAUAGUGAUCACACUGUCCAUCUGUCUUUCUGUCACACUUUUGCGUUUAAGUUUCGAAAAAUGCUCAUUACUUCUAUGUUGCUUUAGAUGUAACCUUAAUAUUUGGUAUGCAUGUGAAUAAGGCCUUUCCAUACUCACAUUUUGACCCCUUUGACCUUGACCUUGAUUUUAGGGUCCGCGUUUAGGUUUCGAAAAAGCGUUUUUCAGGGGCAUAUGUCUUCUGAAGGAGACAGCUCUUGUUUUAGAGAGUGAGUAUAGGUCAUCAACUACAAACUUGCAUUUGUAAAAUAAAAACAAAGAAAACUCGUCUUGUUUGAAAGAAAUUCCAAUAAGUAUUGCGCAAUAUCACAUUGGUAAAAAGCAGUACACAAAAAGUACUUAACGAAUAAUAUAAAAUGGAUGGAAGACUUUACACUUUACGGUCAUGCAUUAAGCCCCCUUUUGACAGAGCGAGGCUCAAUUAGUGUAACCGAAAUCCCUUCAAAAACAAUGCAGAUUACUGAGUUGGAAACACAUAGAUCUAUUUGAUCCAGUUGGAUACCGCUGUAAUUGAUUAUUGAAUGAUACAAAAGUUCAACCAUCGUCCGUUUCACUUCACUUUGUAAAUUGGUGUAACAUUUAAAGACUUAUAUCCUCAUUAAAGCGGUAUUUCGGUG